AUGGCCGCAAGUCCCGCACAAGAAGAAAAGUCUACGCAAACGUUGGCUCCCGAUUUUACGGAACUGAGUGAGGUCGCUUCGAUUGGCAGCAAUGGCCGGGUGCUGUUUGCCACGGACGAUUGGUUUGCGCCCGCGGAAUGGAUGCUGAAGGACGGGGAGCCUGUCUUCCUUCCCGACGAGUACACCGCGUACGGGAAGUGGAUGGAUGGGUGGGAAACGCGUCGCAAGCGGCUACCGGGGCAUGACUGGUGUUUGAUCGAGUUGGGUGCCCCGACGCGGGUCGCGGGUUUGCUGAUCGAUACCGGGUUUUUUACCGGCAACUACGCACCCCGUGUGUCCGUCCAGGGCGGAACACUGGAUGAAACAACACGAAGCAUGCUGGAAACUUCGAUCACCCGCAGGACGGAAGGCGACGGGAUGAUGGGCUCGGGAGCCAGUGCGGACGAACUGGGUAUGGUAAAUUUGCUAGGAACUGAUCGAUGGGCUGUGCUGUUGCCGCGUGUGGAACUCAAGCCGGGCUACCAGGCUACCCGGAGACACUAUUUUGCGCUGCCGGAUGAGAAACGGCAGUUAGUUGUGCGUCACCUGCGCGUUAACAUGUUCCCGGAUGGUGGAAUCGCUCGGCUGCGCGUGUUCGGCAGUGUGCAGCUAGACCGGAAGCUUCUACGCCGGAGCGAGAGUUCGAUGGCAGCAAAGAUCGAUUUAAUCGCAAUGUUCAAUGGGGGUCGAUGCACCGAGUACUCAAAUGCUCACUAUGGCCAUCCAAGGAACCUAAUUAAACCGAGCGACGGUCGUAACAUGGGAGAUGGCUGGGAGACGGCUCGGCGGCUCGACAGACCCGCGGUUCUGAUGGUCGACGAGAACGGAAUUCUGCAGGUACCGGGAUGCGAGUGGGCCAUCUUCGCGCUGGCAGCACCGGGCUGGAUAGAGGAAGUUCACGUUGACACGAAACACUUCAAGGGCAACUAUCCGGAUAGUGUGCGGCUGGAGUAUGCUGUGCUCGAUGAACCGGAUUGCUGGAUUCCGCUGAUGGAAGCAAGGAAGUUGAGCCCCGAUCGUAUGCACGUGUUCAGGGGCGCAGAACUGUUGGUGCAAAAGCGUGCAGCUGGCACAGUGCGGUUGACCAUGGCGCCAGAUGGAGGAAUAUCUCGCGUUAGGCUAAUGGGAACCGUGGCGAUCGAGAGUUCAUAGGCGAACGAUGUGAAAAACUAAAACUUUCGUGGAACUUUUCUCGUGGAACUUCUUUCGUGGAUUCUUUUUAUACUCAC